AUGUUUGCCAUGGUCUCUUCUCAGCUAACUUCAAGUUGCUACCAAUCAACGUGUCCUCAAGCCCUCUCCAUCAUCAGAUCUGCAGUGAUCAGUGCAGUUGCCAAAGAGCAUCGCAUGGGAGCCUCAUUGCUCCGUCUUCAUUUCCAUGACUGUUUUGGAUGUGACGCAUCUGUUCUGUUAGAUGACACAUCGAGCUUCACUGGAGAGAAAUCAGCCGGUGCAAAUGUGAAUUCUCUGAGAGGUUUUGAAGUGAUUGAUGACAUCAAAACUAAAGUGGAGGCUGUUUGCCCCGGAGUUGUUUCUUGUGCAGAUAUUGUGGCUGUUGCUGCCCGUGAUUCCGUUGUUGCACUGGGAGGUCCAUCAUGGAAUGUUGGGUUAGGCAGAAGAGAUUCAACCACGGCAAGUAAAGAUGCUGCCACAAAGGAUAUUCCAUCCCCACUAAUGGAUCUUAGUGCCCUUAUAUCUUCUUUUGCAAACAAGGGGUUUAACACCAAGGAAAUGGUAGCACUGGCAGGAGCUCAUACGACGGGGCUAGCCAGGUGUCAGCUAUUCAGAGGCAGGGUCUAUAAUGAAACCAGCAUUGAGUCAAACUUUGCAACAUCACUCAAGUCAAACUGUCCAAGCACGGGUGGAGACACCAACCUUUCCCCACUUGAUGUCACCACGAGUGUUCUAUUUGACAAUGCUUAUUUCAAGAAUCUCAUCAAUCAAAAGGGGCUUCUACAUUCUGAUCAACAGUUGUUUAGUGGUGGUUCUACAGAUUCUCAGGUCACUGCCUAUAGCAAUGACCCUUCAGCUUUCUAUGCAGACUUUGCUAGUGCCAUGGUGAAAAUGGGAAACCUUGGCCCCUUAACAGGGAAAAGUGGCCAAAUUCGUACUAAUUGCCACAAGGUUAAUUAA